UCAUCGCCGAGCUUAACUACUUACAUCGAAUCAUCGCAAACAAAAGCAAUUACCCAAAAAGGGGGGAAACGUGUGCCACUGGUCAAUCGGGAAAGUUCGGAAAUUCUGGCAGCUAGCUCUGGCAGCCCACUUCACGUAGGUGUUCUAGCUAAAGCUAACCUAUAAUUUAAAAUUCGAAACUAUCAUGUCUCUUUUGCAGAAAAUAAUAAGCCCUUCUGUAUUUAUACAUAGAAAUAUUAGUAAACGAGCGUUUAAGUGGUACGGAGAGGGAAUACAGUAUCCAGGAUUCAAAUAUUACCCAAGACAUCCGGAUUUUGAAGAUCCUCCCUACAAUCCCUCAAAGCUUUUUAGAGUAGAACGUAUUAAAUCAUUGAAAGGAGCACCUCACUGGGAAAAAAAUAUUCUGAAAGAGUUUAAGUUGGAUGGAAAGAAUAACUGUUAUGCGAUCAUAAAAAAUAUUCCCGAAAACAACCAACGGUUAUGGAAAGUGAAGCACAUGAUAAAAAUCACACCCAUCACAUUUCCCGACGGUUUUCCUCAACCAGACGAUGUGACGCGACUCACGGAAACCGGCGAGCUGAGGAUAAUCAAAAACGUUUCAUCUGUGGAAGAGACGAAACUUAAACUUAUAGGAGAAUUCAAAACGGACGUGAAAAGAUUGGAUGGUGAUACUUUGAGAAGACAGUCUCGGAGAAAAUGGUUAGAUGGAUGGGAAAGUAAUUUUUAGGUUCUAGAAUACAUGCAAAUUGUUUUGAAUUAUUUCUUAAAUAAAUGAGAACUGUUUCAAGUUCUCUGACAUGUGAA